AUGCAAAGAAUUGUUGAAAAUGUUGAAACUUCCUCUAUAGGAAAUAAAGCUGGUAGUAAUGAAUCUGUUAAUUCUUCUUAUAAUAAUAAUAAUAAUAACAAGAAAGCAUAUACUUCAAAAAGUACAAAUGCUCCAACAAGUCAAUCACCAGGAAUAUCAAAAGCAUCAACUUCUGCGAAUAAUAAUACAUCAGGAAAAUUAUUCAAAAGUCUUUUUGGUAUACAACAAUCUAAACAACUAUCACGAUCAAAUAGUGCAACAACACCACUUGCUUCAAACAAUACACCACAUCAUCAAUCAGACACUGGUGUUACUCAUAUUACUUCAAGAUUAAUCGUAAUAUCAACACAACGCGAAAACCCAUCUGAUGCAUCUUCACGUCAAACAGCUGAAUCGAUUCGUAAUUUUCUUGACACAAAAUAUCCACAAUCAUAUAUGAUUUAUUCACUUGAGCAAUUUCCUAUUGAUCAAUUAUCUUAUCAACAAGACUUAUUUCAUAAUAGGUUUCAUAACUUAUCAUUAUUUGAUGAAAAACAAUCACCACGUCUCAUUGUUUUAUUAUGGUUUUGUCAAAAAAUAACAUCAUAUUUACUUGAAUCACCAUCAAAUAUAGCUGUACUUCAUUCUCAUGAUGCCAAACAUCAAUUAGCAUUUGGAGCAUGUUCAUUACUUGCUUAUCAUCAAAUAUUUCCACGAGUUGAUCAAAUUAUUCAAUAUUAUGAAUCCAAUGGAUGUGCAUAUCCAUCAUUAACAAUGUCACAAAAAAGAUAUAUACAAUAUUUAUGUGAUUUGUCAUUUGGUGUUAUUGAAAAACCACAUUUUAAUGAAUCAAUUCUUAAAUCGAUAACUUUAUCACCAGUACCAUGUGUCAAUCGACAAAAAGAUGGUUGUCGCCCAUUUGUUGAUAUAUAUGAUCAAGAACAAAAAAAAAUCUUUUCAACAUAUCAAGAAACAGCUAAACUUCGAGUUUAUUCUGCAGCUGAUAAUUGUUGUUCUAUUCCAAUAAAUCUUCCAUUUAAAGGUGAUAUAACAAUUCAUAUAACACAUGCAACAAUUGGUAAUUCACGUCGAACUCAUGAAGGUGGAAUUCGUAUAGGUGAAUUUACAAUCAAUUCAAAUUUUAGUACAUUAAAACAUCCAGAAUUAUCUUAUUCAAGAAAUGAAUUGGAUGGAAUUGAUCACAAUGAAAAAUCUGUAAAAUAUUUUCGUGUUACAGUUGAUAUUGCAAAUUCACAACAAACUAUAACAAACGAACAAGAUUCAUUUUCGAAACAAUUGGAUAAUACAUUAAAACAACCUUUAACUAUAUUUAAAGAUGAAAAUGAAUUAAAACAAAAAAUCAAUGAUUUUGAGAAACAAUUUAAACGUCAAAAUAGUGAUAUCAAUGGUAAAAAUGAAGUUCCAUCAUCUCCUGAUUCAAGUAAUGCAUCAUCACGACGAAGUAGCCUUCUAUUUUCAGGUUCAUUUUCACCUAAUCCUCAAUCUCCAUCAUCAUUUAUAAAUCCUCGACAUAAUCCAUUUAAACAACAAAACAAUCUUAGUCCACAUACAUCACGAAGUCAUUCACCAUUAAUAUGUGAGGAAAAAGAAAAUAAAGAACAAACAGUUAUUGAUACACUUCUGGAUAUUGGAGAAAAUUAUUCAAAUAAUCGAUUCAUAUUUGAAAGAUCAAUAUCAUCUGAUAAACAACAAAAUGAAUUUAAUUCAAGUAUCGAUUCACAACAAAAUCUUCUUGAUGAUGAUUUUGAUCUAUUAAAAUCUGACUUACAGAGAACUGAAUCGCCAACACUUGUACCAACACCUAUAAGAGCAUCAACGAUUGCUAACACAAAACAGAACGCGUCAAGUUCAACUAAACAAUCUAAUACAACAUCAGCAACAAGUAGUUCUAAUUAUAGUGUCAAUAUGAUGACAAACAAUAUUUCUUCUUCUCAACCACAAUCAAAUACAGUUAAACCGAAUUCACUUCCAAAUCGUUCACAAAAACCAAAAAUACAUAAUUCUCACCAUUUUGUAGACUUAGAUGGAUUUGUAAAAGAUCCUAAACAAAAACUUGGACCAUCAACACCACUUACAAUCGAUGAAAGUCGAAAAGCUACAUUAGAUAAAGACACUGAUCCAACAGUUCUCAAAGUUCGAGAAUGGACUAAAGGUAAAAGAAGAAAUAUUCGAGCAUUAUUAUGUAGUUUAUCAAAUGUAACAUGGCCAGAAUGUACAUGGACUGGAUGUCAAAUGAGUGAAUUAGUAACACACGAACAAGUUAAAAAAGUUUAUAGAAAAGCUGUACUUCAUAUUCAUCCAGAUAAACUUCGUUAUGAUCCAAAUGAACAGUUAGCUAAACUUAUUUUUGUUGAAUUAAAUGAAGCUUGGUCUCAAUUUCAACAAGAAUCAAAUUGA